CUGUGAUAGUGAAAUAAACUGAAACCCAGCCAAAACAUGGGGGGGGGCACUAGUAGUGAGGCAGGAUCAGCAGUAGCGUCACUAGGGUUGAUGCCAACCCAGUGCGGUAACUCAUGCUGUAACCCCCAAGCAGCCAACCAACCCACAGCUCCAGGGAGUGGGCAGGGCUGGCAGGGUUGUUAGCUAGGCAGGAAAUGGAGGCAAGGUUGGUCACAGACUCCAUUCCUUUGGCAGAAGGAGAGGAGUCCCCAGCCCCUCCAGUGGCCACAGCUGAUGGGCUGCUGGAGGGUGUGUGUGUCUGGGGAAGGUCUAGGGAUGGAAUGGUGAGUGACCAUCCUACUUGGUGUUCACCUUCCUCUGAAGUAUCACCUGAUGUGAUUUUCAUUUCCUGCACCCCUAUAAUGACACCCCUGUGGAGAAGACCUGAGAACCUGAUCUGGAAGCUGGUUCCUCCCUUGGAAGGGGUAGAAUACUAGCUGAGGGACUGCAUUCUUUGCAUCCCCAUGUACCUCCUGAGACUAAAAUGUACUCACAUCAGUGACAACUUGCCCCUUCUUCCACAAACUUUGAAGUCCUCCAGGCUAGACUACUGUAAGACCAUCUCAGCAGGGUUGCCUUUGAUGACUUCCCAGAAAAUGCGGUGAGUUUAUCAGUGACUGUGAGACAGAACUAGUGCUAAAACCAGGACCUUGAAAGUUACUCUGUAAAGGUAAUUUAUGCCUAUUGCUCCUAACAGUGUUUAACAAAUAACCCACUGGUAUUACUCAUUAUACUUUUGACAAGGUAAUUCAGAAUGUUGCCCCAGUCCCACUAAAGAUGCUCUGUAAAAUGAUAUUUGUAAGUAAUGAGAAACCAUUAUAUUUUACUUUUUGAAACUAACGUUAUUAAGCACUCCUUCCCAAAUACCUAAAAUACUUGUAACUCUUUACUUCCAAAUUCUUGUUGGAGCAACAAAAUUGUUCCCCAGUUCAUUUCUGGGAAUUCAAAAUACUGGUCUUAGACUUUAAAGCCCUAACUGACCUGGGCACAGGUUACCUAAGGCCUUCUUUCUUACUUCCCUUCCCUUACACAGAGCUCUUAUGAAACCCUCUGCUCCUAAAACAUAGAAUUUCUUAGCCAUGAUUAGACAGAAGAGGACAACCUUCUCUCUGUGAUUAUACCUGAAGAAGUUCACUCAUUUCCCCUUUAAUCUCCCCAAAACCACUUAAAGUGGUAUGGUUGUUGUUGCUGUCUUAUAGAGGCAAGGAACAAGUGUCGUGUGCUUUGUGUUUGUAUUGGCUAUCUGUAAAACAGGAGUAAAAUCACUCUAGCUCACAAGGCUGAUGCAAGAUAGAUGACAAUAACACUCAAGGAAUGCUGAAUUACACGAUAAACGGUGGUUGAAAGUAAGAUAUCCCCAUGAAGAGGGAAUGAAAGAAAUGUUAAUAAUUCAGCUUAAGAGGACACAUUCCCUUGAUGGUGAGAUCAGAUAGGCCUGUUUGCUCUGUGAACAACAUCCAGGGAGUUAAUCCAUUAGCUCAAGCAACAAAUAAAGUGCUCAGCCCCACCCAGUGCAAGAAGGGCUAGCUAGAAGCAACACUUUUGGCAGAAGGAUGGUUUUAGCCACCACCUACCAGAAUGUUUCUCAAGAACACCAAGAAGCCAAGAAGCAGAUAAGAUCUUGGCCUUCCUAGAAUCUAGUAUCAGUACAGCAUGAUGUCAUCAGAGGUACUGCAUGGGUCCAGAAGCUGGGCUCAUAACAGCUCCCACACAGAGGAAGAGUGCCUGAGAAUUCUCUUGGAUGUACAGGAGAUACGAACCAGCUCGAGAUACAAAUCUCUAAGAAUUCUUCCAGGUUGUUGAGGAAAGCACCAGCUUGGUGGAACAUGGUGAUACUUCCAACUUCCUGGUUAGCAAAUUUCAAGCAUUGUAUGAAGAAUACACUGAAGGGCUGAAUAGAGGAGGCGGAACACAGCCCCAGUCCGGCGCAUUGAACAUUUGGGCUCCACUAAGUCUCUGAACACUGCAAAGCAACGGAACACACUGCCCCGGAGUUUCAGUUUGGACCACGUAAUGGAACGCAAGUAUGACUUUGACCUCAUCUACAUCACUGAACGCAUCAUUUCAGUCUUUUUUCCCCCUGCCUUGGAGGAACAACGUUACCGUAGCAAUCUCCGGGAAGUAGCCCAGAUGCUAAAAUCCAAGCAUGAAGACAAAUACAUGCUCCUGAACUUGUCAGAGAAACGGCAUGACAUCAUCAGGCUAAACCCCAAGGUGCAAGAUUUUGGCUGGCCAGACCUUCAUGCCCCACCACUGGACAAAAUCUGCUCCAUCUGCAAAGCCAUGGAGACCUGGCUAAACUCUGACCCUCAGCAUGUGGUUGUGCUUCACUGCAAGGGCAACAAGGGGAAGACAGGCGUCAUUGUAGCAGCCUAUAUGCACUACAGCAAAAUCUCUGCAAGUGCAGACCAAGCCCUCAGCACUCUGACUAUGCGCAAGUUCUGUGAGGACAAAGUUGCUGCCUCCCUGCAACCUUCCCAAAAGAGGUACAUCCAUUACUUUAGUGGGCUACUCUCAGGCACAAUCAAGAUGAACAGCAAUACACUUUUUCUACAACAUGUCCUGCUCCCAGCUAUCCCUACCUUUGAGGCUGGAGGAGGUUACCAACCUUUCCUGAAGAUCUACCAGUCCAUGCAGCUGGUCUAUACCUCUGGCGUCUACAGCCUCCAUGGCACCGGUGGGACUCAGAAGCUCUGCAUCACCUUGGAGCCAGCAUUGCUUUUGAAAGGGGAUGUCAUGGUGAAAUGUUACCACAAGCAGCUCCAGGGAGCUGAGCGGGAUGUCGUGUUCCGAGUCCAGUUCCACACUUGCACCAUUCACAGCACCCAACUCUGGUUUAGCAAAGAUGAAUUGGAUGAAGCCUGGAGAGAUGAACGGUUUCCCUUUGAAGCAAGUGUGGAGUUUGUGUUCUCUUCCAGUCCAGAGAAAAUCAAAGGCCGAGAAACCUACAGGAAUAAUGCUGCUGUUGCAGUGGAUUACAGCAUCUCUGAUCCUAUAGUGCGCUGGGACUCGUAUGAGAACUUCAAUUUGCACCAUGAAGACAGUCUGGAAGAUGUAUUGCACACUCGGGGCCCUCUGGAUGGAAGCCUCUAUGCCCGGAUCAAGAAGAAAGGUGAUCUCAGCAGCUACUCUUCCACCAAUGGCAGCCCCAGCAGCCCAGAGUCCCCUCCACAACAAGGAGGGCGCCUCUUAUCCAUCAGCAGUGAUUCAGGACACUCUUCUAUGCUGACUGAGAAGGCUGAUGACAACACGCCACCAUCCAGGCCACAGCCUACAGCUGCUGAGAAAGAAGAACUGGACAGGCUCUUGGGUGGAUUUGGCGUCCAGCCUCGACAGCCGAGUGAGGGGAAUGGUUCUCAUACUGUUUCCCCUUCUGCCACUAAGGACAGAGAAACUGCCAUUUUGGAAGAUGAGCUAUCAGACAUAGGUCAGCCAGGAAUCCCCUUUUCCUACCAAACUCAUCGCCCAGGCCUGGCCCGCCAUUGCUCCUGCCAUCUUGGUUACCACUCUCACAGCCCUGAGCGGCCUCACCAUGUGAGCUAUUAUAGACCAGAUGGGACUCUGGAGCGGCGACAUCCAAUCUAUAAUGGUGGGCACUCCCACUCACGACCUGAGAGCUACGAGGAAAAACGGCGAGUGUGUCGCUCCCUUUCUGAGGGCAUACAGACUCAUUCCUAUCCUUUCAGGGAUGAACCAUUGCCCCCCCACAGCCCCAGCCGACGAGAGCACGAAGAGGAGCUGCUAAUCUUGGAAGACCCACCCACUUUCCUAUGCCCCUGCCAAGACUGCCAAGAGGCAGCUCGUGAAGAGACAAGGGUGCCCACUGCCUCCUUCUACAGCCUCCGUCUGGACCAGGAGCCUGACCUGUGGGGAGUGGAGAACACAAGGCCACCACUACUUCAUCAUCCCCUUCACCGAGGUGGACAGCGUGUGCCACUUCUAAUGCCAGCCACCUAUGGGCACCACCACCACCAUCACAUGUCCCAUGGGCAACAUCAGGCUUUUAACUUUGAGCCCAAGAUGAUGGCAGCACAUCUCAACCAUGGCUACCCAACCCACCAGAGGUUGAAGUUGACAGAAGAGGAAGCUGAGGCAUUUGCAUACCCUCGCUACAGCCCAGCCUACCCACCUCCAGUACCAUCUUACACCUACAGCAGAGCCCCAGUCAAGACCUGUGUUUCCCCUUAUGCCUCAGGCUACUCAGGAUCUCCUCACUCAGGCUCCACUUCACCAACCAGCCCUCUGUAUCCACCAACCAGGAAGCAUGGCUAUGAGCCCCCAGAGAGCAGUGAUGGAUAUAUACUCCCAAUGCCAACUGAAAGACCACGGGAUCUGCAAGACUGCAGGGAGGCCAUGCCCUGGCAGGAGGCUCCCAGCUCCUUGCAGCAACAUCGGCAGGAGAUACGUGCUGCUUGCCCAGACGUGUCUGGCUCUCCCAUGCACACCAGCAGCCCAGUAUUCAGUGGUGACAGCCCUGGAAUUCGUAAGCACAGCAACAAGGCAGCCAGCUCCCCUGAAAACAUGCACCAGUCAAGCCCUGAAGACCUGGCUACCCCUAGCUGGAAAAGAGGACCAGAGGUGAUGGCUUCUUCGUUGAAUAGCCCCACGCAGACUCUGUCACCGAUGCAGGCCUUCACACACCUGCCCACCUUAAGGCCGCAAGCCAAUGGAACAUCACCCCUGAAGCUGGGCCUCCAGUCCCCCCAGUUGUGCUCCCGAGCAACUUGUGCAUCCAGCUCAUCACAGCUUGCUACUUCGCCCACAGCUAAACACGGCUUCUUCUCAGAGGGCCACCCACACCACAAUGGUUCAGAGAUACCAAGCUCCUGCACCACAACACCUUCCUGUGCAUCAUCUGCUGAAGAUCACUUGGGACACCAGCUCAGUCCUGCCAUGGAGAGAGAGGUCCAAAAGAGCAGCUCAGGGCUUCCUUGCCACAGCCAGCCCCCUCCCAACUGCAGGACUGUGCCCAGCAUGCCAUCUUCACCUCAGGUUCCUACGGUCUAUAAUGGGCGCCCCCAUGGAGAGAGAGCCGAAUCUGAGAUGAGCAACUUUCUUCAUUGCCCCAGCGGCAACUCCUCGCUCGGGCCCUGCUCAGUCAGCAUCCAGUCAUCAUCCCUUAGCUAUGGUUUUGCUGACAUGCAGGGUUCACCCACCCCAGCCUUCCCCAUUGCAACAGCCUACUACACGGGGGCAGAGAGCAGGCCCUCUAGCCGGGAGCAACUCUGUGAACCACAGCAACCUCCACUGCCAGAGAAACAUCAUGUCCUGGCAACCAGACACUGGGAGAGGAGCUCACCGCCAGGCCGUAGCCCUGGCUCUGCUCACCAUGUCACCUUUGCACCUGGAGUACCUGAUGGCAGCACACCUGGCUCAGAUCCCCCACAGCAAGAGAACCAAGUCAGUGUCAAAUUUGUCCAAGACACAUCCAAGUUCUGGUACAAGCCUAAUUUGUCCCGGGAUCAAGCUAUUGCUCUCCUGAAGGACAAGGAGCCAGGCACCUUCCUUAUUCGGGACAGCAACUCCUUCCAGGGGGCUUAUGGUCUGGCUCUGAAAGUAGCAACACCUCCACCCAACAGCAUAAACCAUUCCACCAAAGGAGACCCGGCUGAGCAGCUGGUUCGCCACUUCCUGAUUGAGACCGGACCCAAGGGAGUGAAGAUAAAGGGCUGUAACAAUGAACCCUAUUUUGGCAGCUUGCCAGCUCUGGUCUCCCAGCAUUCCAUCACCCCUAUCUCCUUGCCUUGCCGUCUCCGCAUCCCAAGCAAAGAUCUUGUUGAGGAAAGCCCAGAGCUGGCUGUUCCCACCAAUAUGAGCACAGCUGCUGAUCUGCUGAAGCAGGGAGCAGCCUGCAGCGUGCUUUACCUGAGCUCUGUGGAAACAGAGUCCUUGACAGGUCCACAGGCUGUGGCCAAGGCGACCACCAGCACCCUGAGCACCACUCCCCGUCCUUCCGCCUGCGUUGUGCAUUUCAAAGUGUCGGCCCAGGGCAUCACACUCACAGACAAUCAGAGAAAAUUGUUUUUCCGGCGUCAUUAUCCUGUCAAUAGUGUUACCUUCUGCAGCACAGAUCCUCAGGACCGCAGGUGGGCUAACCCAGAUGGCACCACAUCCAAGAUCUUUGGUUUUGUGGCCAAGAAGCAAGGCAGCCCAUGUGAGAAUGUGUGCCACCUCUUUGCUGAGCUAGACCCUGAGCAACCGGCAUCAGCCAUUGUCAAUUUCAUCACUAAAGUUAUGUUGGGGACUCACCGGAGAUGAAGGCUGCCAAGAUUUUCCACCUGACCAUCCCUUCCUCUCCAGCUUGACCACUGCUCUUUUGUCACCCACAGUGUGAUGCAGAAUCUCCUGCAGAGUGAGGAGAAGCCAUUUUGGAACAAAUUGGUAGGCCUAGGCAGAGCCGCUCCUAGGAGUUUUCUUUUCCCCUCACACAUACACCCCACACACACACCCUUUUACAGCAAAAGAGCAUCAUCUAGUGCUAACUCAUGCUAUCUGAUGUGGAGGACUGACAGUUAUUCUUGUCCAAUGUGCCAAGGACCAGUAACGCAUUUAUGCCCAUUGGCUACACUUGUUUCUUUCCUUCCUGAAAACUCACCAGAGACUGGCAGCCAGUGGUUUGAGGACCAGUACUGGACCAUGCAUCACCACUUUGAAUAGCACUCAUCCAGUGAGAAAGGAUGCUGAGGUAGUAUCUGUUUCACUCUCCAGAACUAUACCCAUGUCCGGAAAUAGAGGUUAAAUUACUCUUAACACUUUCUUGCUACCAGAUAGAACACCCAUGAGUGAGGAGAAGGCUGCACAGCCUCAUACAUACCUGACUGAUCUUUAUAUAAGCAUAGCUCUGCAGCUCAGUCCAGUGAAUUAAAAGAAAUUUGGAAGUAAUGACUAUCUGAAAAAGUCUGUGUUCACCCAGGGGGCACAGUCAGGGUAGAAGAGAAGGUUAGAAUGAUUCUGGAUAGGCCAAAGGUAGUACUGGUCUGCUCUGGUAUCAAAAACAGUUCUGGAAAUGCUGUGCACUGCUUCUCCAAAGCUUUUGUGUGCAGUGUGUUAUCAGGUUUAAUGUGUCCCUCUUUUGGAAAAGUAAGGAAAUGACCCUAAUAGUUGAAAAAAAUAACCACAAAAUGUCACUCAAAAGCAUUUUAGUAUCUCCACAAAAUCCUGAGGAAGUCAUAUGUAAAUGUUACUUUACAUAGCCAAAAUAACAAAUUUACCACCUGUUACACUAUUUUUGCAAAAGGUAUGUUGCCAUAUCCUUGUUACUCCUUAAACCCAACAUGUUACAGUUGGGUGGGGGGUUAACUGGAUGAAAGGACAUUGGAUGGGUGGGAAUCAGUACCAGAGAAGCUUGGUGCCUUCCCAAUUCCCUCCCUGAACACAUGCACAGAAUACAGCACCCAGAGUUCCCAGUCGUAGACAUGAAGACCAGUCCACUCAGGCAGGGAACACACAUUUGGCUCAUCAACUCUCUGUGUCUCUCACCAAUGAGGCAAAUAUUCAACAUAAAAAGCAAUGAUGGAUGCAUUACAAAUUCAGGCUAUACAGUACUGUACUUAUAUAACCUAGUCUUGGGUAUCUGGGACAUUUAAAUAUUUAUUUUGCCCUCUCUUUCUCUCCUUUUUAUUCUUUGCUGGACCAAGCAAUUUCUUGGGCCUGACAGUCCUACUUACUAAUACCUAUUGGCUCCAAUGCCUGAGUUUGAUUUCCAUUACUUUCCUAAUGCUCCUCUGCCAGCUGAUUCAGCAGGCAAAAACUUUGGCUUCUGGUAAAUAACUGUGCACCUAUUUCUUGUUCAGGGCUGUUCCUUGCAAAACUCCCUCAAGUUUGAUAUGACUGUUGCAACCUCCUGUCAUGGAGUAACAAUGUUUGGAUCAAUUCAGACCUCUGAUUUGUUUCUUGAAUGGAAUAAUUGACUUGAACAACAGAAGAAGACUUGGAUGCAUGAGGGCUUUUUUCUCAUCUCUUGGAUCCUGACAGUUAAGCUAUGAUUUAAUCAUUAUUGCAUUAGGUAGUAUUCAAAGUGCAAUGGAAAACAUACAAGGCCUUGUUAACAGUCCAAGACAUUUGGCAAUCUGAAAAUGGAUUUUUAAAACUCCAUUUGAGGAGGAGAGGGUGGCCGGAGGUACUGAGGUAGAAGAAAUAUUUGUAGUGCAAAUGAACUCUGGCCAGUGUAAAUUUUGCAUUCGCAAACCUGAUUGAAGAAAGAAGCAAUCAAGCUUUGCCUAUGAAAAUAUCCCACUUGUGGGUAAAAGAUAGCCAUGAUCUACUUGGCGUCCAUUGAAAGGAAAAGCCCAGUUUGAAUAGCUACAGCGGAACACUGAAAGGUGUCGACUUUCUUGUCAACUAUGAAUAGGAGGCAUGCUGGUCAUUCAGUUCUGUAAUGGAGCAGCACUUGUGGAGUUAGGCAACUGUAUGUGAUAAAGGGAUAGAGAGUGGGGCAGUGAGAAACGGAAGUAAUGCUUGAGGUAAGGCAUUUGCUGCUGAGUUCAAGGCCUUACGGAAGUGUCUGAGAAUGGAGCCUUGAGUCAGCAAAGUGUGCCAAAAAAGGGGUGGGCAAUCCAAAGUUUUAAGCUUGUAUGCAGAACUCGGCCUAAUUUCUAAUUUCAAAAUCCUUUGAAAACAGUUACCAUGUAUACUUGACUAUAAGUUGACCUCAUGUAUAAGUCAAAGGCAAGUUUUGGGGUCAGAAUUAUGGAUUUUGAUAUGACCCAUGGAUAAGUCAACUGUAAAAUCUAGGUGCAUGUAAGAAAGGAUCUAAAGGAUGAAGCUAAGGAAAAUAAUGCCAAAGAAAAAUCCAGCAAGCAUAACUGUUUAUGCUCACCCAAAAGGCUAGAUGGAGGGGAGACUAGAAUAGGGUCAGUUUUUCCAGGACAGAUUACACUCUUGCCUUUCACCAGUGGCUGUUUCCUUUAUUAAUAAGAGUUAAAGUACAGCACUUACAUUGACCCGUGGAUAAGUCAACUCGGGUUUUUGGGUGAAUUUUUUGACUAAAAUUUCUAGACUUAUACAUGAGUACGUGAAGGUUUUCUCAAGUAAUGUUGUGUGCCACCCAGCCUCAUUUCAUUCACACUUCUUUCUGGAGGAGCUUCCUAUCCCUACCAGUGACUGCAAAAGCUCAGCCUUCAGGAACCUGAUGCCUGCUAAUAUGCCAACAUAUUUGGUAGACACCAACUUGUGAAAGGCUGCACAACUUCCUGUAUCCAUCUAUCUUUAGCACUGGCACAGAGAAAGUAAUGGCUGUAGGAAAAAGGGAGAAGGGGGCGAAUAGCUUUGAUCCUGCCCACCACCAUGAUUAUGGAAGAGUUGUAUCUGUAAGGAGAAAAUGGUUGCCCACCAUCUUGGCAUAGAGACUUGGAACUGGGUUCAGUUCAAAAUCAAGCAACUCUUUUAACUACCCAGUAACUUGCAACUUUGGUCUCUGUUGAGUGGCUUCAAUGUAACAGCAGUUUUCAUUUUGCCUUCCGUUAGUGUUAUGAUUCCCUUACCACUGAUUAGUGGAUCUGGAGCUCAAGCAACUUCCAGCUCAAAAUAUUUUACUUGUGUUGCCAUAAUGGUUCCUGAAGAAAUUGAAAAGUUUUGCCUGAAUGACACCUUUUAAAGUUAAUCAAAUUAAUAUAUGCCUACAUGAAUUAGGCCACCAGGAAUCACUUAGCUCAGAUCGGAAAAACACCUUGCCACCAAAGACAGGAGCUCCAAGAGGAAACCUUGAAGAAAUUGUAUUUAAUUCUUCUGAUACGUGUCACUUCUCCAAAGCACUGUACUUCCGCCAAGAUGCUCUCUAUCUCCUUCAGUGCCAAAAUCAUACAUGUGUGGUGUACAAAAAACUUUCCUCAGUUACCUAUUUAGAACUGAGAAGGGUAGGGAAAGUAAACAAUCUGGAAAUAAGACAGUUGUAGAGGGGGACCACCACUGGAGAAAACGAUUUGAGCAUUGUGUCUCCUGGAAUGUCUUCCUGAAGCUGUUUUUUCUUAAAGUUCAGUGCAGAUUGUGUUAAUGUUCAUAUGUAACUUGCAGCAUUAAUCUGGGCAGGACAUUUUUGCUCGCAAACAGAUAUGCUUGGUGAUUCGAAGAUCACACAACUUUUCAAGGAGAGUAUGACCGAAAGAUACAGAAGGCCCACACUCCUUUGCCUUUGAUUACCAAAGAGAAAAAUGUGUUGAAACGCCAAGAUUAAUGGUUACAGAGAAAGGCAGAAAUCUUGGAACUACAAAGGCCCUUCUUUAGCUUUUUUAAUAGUUCAGCCUUAAGACUAGAACCUUGCUGUUCUUAAAAUAAAACUGAGAAUAAUAUGAUGCUGUAUUAAGAGCUGGGACAAUCAGUACCAAUUCCGUGGGCCUUCUAUACCUGCAAUCCAUCGCACAUAAUGUUCAUUAGAGGGAACUGUGGAAAUGAAUGCAAAGAAACACAACAACUGUGCUCGAUGGACUGCCUUUUAGACCUUUGCUGGUGAAGCAGCAAGGGAAGGCCCACAGAUUAAUGGAAGUGGAAGAAAGAGCAGUCAUGGUGGACCAGUGAAAAGGGGGAAGGGGGAUCUGUUCUUAGCCAUUAUUUCUGAGGAAGGGUGGGGAGGGGAGAGCUAGUACAGAGUUCUAUUUUUGUCUACUAAAGAAUUUAUAUAUGAAUGUUAGCGAGAGAUGUCUUGAUAAUAUAUAUCUAUAAGGGGGUUGGGGUGGGAGGUAAGAGGGAGAAAGCAACAGCAGUAAGCUUGGUUAUUUUUAUAUCUGUAUUUUUCUCCUUCAUGUACAAAUGGCAACACAAUUCCUGUCUAUUCAAAAUUAACACACAAGGAAAAAAGAAAACAUC